CCGUGGCAGCGGCGGGAGCCGGCGGAGGCGGGACGCGGGAGCGGCGGCUGGAGACCGGGCCGGGGCCCGGGGUCGUUAGCGGGGCCAUGGCCGAGCUGCACCUCAUCGGGCAGAUCGUGGGAGCCAGCGGGUUCCCCAGCACCCGCCUCUUCUGCAAGUGGGGAAUCCACACAGGUGGCGCCUGGAAGCUGCUCUCCGGCCUGCGGGAGGGGCAGACGCAGGUGGAUCACCCCCAGCUGGGCGAUGUGGCCUACUGGUCCCACCCCAUCGACGUGCACUUUGCCACCAAGGGGCUGCAGGGCUGGCCCAAGCUGCACGUGCAGGUCUGGCACCAGGACUCCUUCGGGCGCAGGGAGCUCUACGGCUACGGCUUCUGCCACGUGCCGUGCAGCCCGGGCUGGCACGCGCUGGCCUGCGUCACCUGGCAGCCCCUGGGCUCCUGGCAGGAACGGCUCUCCCAGCUCUUUGUGGGCGGGGGGCCCCAGCUGCUGAACAGUGACCUGAUCUACACGGGGGCCGACCGGUACCGCCUGCAGACCAGCGCCGCGGGCACCGUGCACCUGGAGCUGGGCGUGCUGCUGCGCCACUUCGCCCGCUACGGGGUGGAGUGCUAGGGAGUGGGCAGGCCCCCACCGCGGGCCGGGCGCUGUACGGACCCCCCGCCGUGGGGCGGGCUCUAGGGAGCGGGCAGACCCCCCACCACAGGCUGGGCGUUGUAUGGACCCCCCCGCUGUGGGGCAGGGCUCUAGGGAUCGGGCAGACCCCCUGCUGUGGGCCGGGCGCUGUACGGACCCCUCGCCCCCCUUGGGCUGGGCGCUGUACGGACCCCCCGUCGUGGGGCAGGCUCUAGGGAGCGGGCAGACCCCCCACCACAGGCUGGGCGCUGUACGGACCCCCUGCCGUGGGGCAGGCUCUAGGGAGCGGGCACACCCCCCCCCGCCGCAGGCUAGGCGCUGUACGGACCCCCUGCCGCGGGGUGGAGUGCUAGGGAGUAGGAGGCCCCCCAUCGUGGGUUGGAUGCUGUACGGACACCCACUGCAGGGCGGGGCUCUAGGGAGCAGGCAGACCCCCGCCGUGGGCCGGGCGCUGUACGGGCCCCCCCACCACGGGGUGGGGUUCGAGGGCUCUGCACAGAUCCUGCCCCUGCUGUGGGUUGUGGCUCUGGGGCAGCCCUUGGAUCCGGGGGGGUCACCGCAAAGCCUCCCCCCCCCCCGAUUUGGUGCCCCCCGACCCUUUCACAGGGUGGACAUUUCAGUUGCUUCAUGUGGCUCUUUUGGAAGAACCGGGGCUGG